GCUCGUAGUGUCUGCAAGUCGAUUACCGACCCAUCGCGGGUGAAACAGGCAUGUUUCCCGGCUUCUGCUAAACUAUUUUGAUAAUCUCUCAGGAUUCCUCUGUCUUAAAAUAAGAUAUUUUGGAUUUUACGGCUGCCUGUUCUCUACUUUUCAUAAUGUCAGAAACGGAGCAAAUAUACCUUCAUGAAAUUCAGUUGAUGAUGCAUGGGUGCGGAGACUGUGCAAAACCAUUGCAGUCUACAGCUAAAGUUGUGGCAAGCAUUGUUCAGCAACAAGCGUUGAACAUUGCAUGGCGAGCUGAGGAGCAGGCAAUUCGUAGAGGAUUUAAAACAGUUACACCCAGGGACAUUAUUUUUCUCAUGAGGAACAAUCCAGACAAGCUACGAAGGCUUUAUUCUUAUCUCUCUGUGAAGGAAAUGAGAACAAACUUCACCUCACUCGCUGGUUCUGACGUAAUGGAAGCUGCUGGUGAAGAAAUGGAGGGCGAUGUUUCAAAUUUCAAAGGGGAAUCAGCAAAAAAAAGUCGACUUGCUAGUCUGCGAGACAUGUUUACUGAAAUUGAUACCAGUGGUGAACUUAUAGAUAGCUUGAAUAGUCCAAGUUUGGACCCCAUACGACAGAAGCGAGAGCAAAGGGCUGAUAGCAUGUCUCAAAGCCUAGAUCCUGCUGGGUAUUUCGAAUUUUCAAAUGCUCGAAGAGCAGCAUUUGUUAACAGCAAACUGACCCAACACCGUUUCCUGGAAUGGCUAACCCUUGGGAUAGACACAAGUCAAGGCCUAGCUGGAGAACCGCAUGUUACUCUGCCACGGAUCAGUAGUCCAGCCAUUGAUAUUCUGGCCUACCUCGCAAAGGAAACCGUAGCAAUGCUAGUGGAUUUUGCACUUAUGGUUAGGCAAGAUUCAUGUGGCACUUUUCCAGGUGGACCACUCCGGCCACUUACAUUGCGCCCUCCCUCUAACUCAAAUACAGCUAAUGUGUUGGAAAAACUCCCUAUCACACCAGCUGAAAUACGUGAAGCACUUCGCCGAUAUUGGUCUCCGGUUUUUACUCAGUCAGCAGGACUAGUACGAGCAGGGCCUCCUUUAUCAAAUCAAUUGAUGGCAUGUUAAAUUAUUUUUUAAUCAUUA